GUGUUCAACACUUAACAUAGUGUCUAAGCAGACAAACUGCUUCCAAAUCAGCAAGUGAAAUAUAAUUGUAUUCUUGGAGAGUCCCACGGAUAAGAACGAACGAUUUGAAGAUAUUUUUUUUGCAGAUACAAGCGUUGCACAGUUGUGGUUAUGAAGGACCGGAGCGCAUUUUUUUAAAGUGCAAACUGAAAACGUUUAGAUUCCUUAUCAAAAGAAUGGUUGGACUCUACUGAGGCUAGCGAAACCCAUUUCAGCUCCGAUCUAAAUUUGCAAAGUGUCUCCUAAGCUCCCGACAUUGCUCACAUUCCAAAGGUUUUGCUACCAGUUUGGAGGGUCACUAACCUGACCGAGUGAUAUGUGGGAAUGCAGAAUUCUAUGACGAGGUUUCAGAUUCUGCAGGAAUGCGUGCAGAAGUGAGGGAAAAGACAGAUUGUGAAGUGGGUUGCUCAGAUGGCACCGUCGGCCUUUCUCCAAGUCUUAUUUGCACCGUGCUGUACAGUUUCCAUGGCAUAAAACCUGUCCACAAAUGCAGUUGGUCUUUGGGGGGAGCUGCUGAGGAACUCACAACCGUGUUGCCAUUUUCCGGAGGGCUGUAUGAGUUGCUGGCGGCGUUACCGUCAAAACUGAAGCCCCAUGCCGGCCACCCUGAGGAAAACACUUUCCUCCAGGGCAUGUUCGGGGAGAAAAGCCUCCAUUCACUCUUCAAGAUUCAUGAUCGGCUGCAGCAUUAUGAAGAGAGCAAACCCACGCCUGUCUCGAACGAUGCUGCAAGUCUGUGCACUCAAUUGUCCGAGGACCUUCAAGGGAAAUCAACUUCAAGUGAAGUCAGUGAACUUCUCAAGCUAUUGGCUGAGCCCCACUUGAAGAACUUUCUGUCAGUCCAUGAUGUGGUUGCACAGAAAAAAUAUGAUCCUGAACUACCUCCAAUGCCCGAAAACCUCAACGACGAUGAGGAUUCUGUGAAAAUCAUAAGACUGGUUAAAAACAAGGAGCCCCUCGGAGCUACGAUAAAGCAAGAUGAAUUCACGGGAGCCAUCCUUGUGGCCCGAAUCAUGAAAGGAGGGGCAGCAGACAGAAGUGGCCUUAUUCACGUCGGGGACGAGCUGAAGGAGGUCAAUGGAAUCCCCGUGGAUGACAAACAACCAGAGGAAAUUAUUCGGAUUCUGGCUCAGUCACAAGGGGCCAUUACCUUCAAAAUUGUUCCUGGGCUCAAGGAGGACGUAUUAACCAAAGAGCCAAAGAUGUUUGUGAGGGCACUCUUUGACUAUGACCCAAAAGACGACAAAGCCAUCCCGUGUCAGGAAGCUGGACUCGCCUUCAAAAAGGGCUCCGUUCUUCAGAUCAUGAGCCAAGAUGACACAACCUGGUGGCAGGCCAAACAUGAAGGGGAUGCUAACCCCCGCGCUGGCUUAAUCCCGUCCAAACACUUUCAAGAAAGGAGACUUGCUUUGCAAAGUCCUGCUGCAAUUCGCCCGAUGCAUCGGUCUUCGAUUCGACGAUCCAAUGAUGUGGCUGUAGAUUGUGAGGAUGCUGACUUUAUUAGCGGAUCCCGUUUAGUUGGCUUCAGAAGAAGCUUCCGUCUCAGCAGGAAAGACAAGAAGACCAACAAGUCCAUGUACGAGUGUAAGAAGAGUGAAAUUUACGAUACAGCCGACGUUCCCACUUACGAAGAGGUCACGAAAUACCAGAGGCAGGGUAGAGCUAAACACCGACUAGUGGUCCUAGUUGGACCGACUGGAGUAGGCUUGAAUGAGCUGAAGAGGAAACUUUUGAUUUCCGAUCCACAGCACUUCAGUGUGACCAUCCCACACACAAGUCGGCCCAAGAAGAACCUGGAGAACGACGGUGUGGAAUACCAUUUUAUCUCAAAACAGCUCUUUGAGACGGAUAUUCACAACAAUAAGUUCAUCGAGUUCGGCGAGUACAAAGGGAAUUACUACGGGACAAGUUUAGACUCAAUACGGUCGGUCCUUUCCAAGAACAAAGUGUGUCUAUUGGACUUGCAGCCUCAUACAUUAAAGCAUCUGCGGACAGCGGAGUUUAAACCGUUUGUAGUCUUCGUGAAGCCUCCUACGAUUGAGAGAUUGAGGGAGACCAGGAUUAACGCUAAAGUCAUUUCAAGGAAGGACGAGAAGGAAUCCGCUAAGUCAUUUACGGAAGAGGAUUUUCAAGAGAUGGUGACAAGCGCCCAGACAAUGGAGAAGCAAUACGGGCAUCUAUUCGAGAAGGUCAUCGUCAACGAUAACCUCACAGAGGCCUUUGGCGAGCUACGUGUGGCACUCAAGAAAGUGGAGAUGGACACACAAUGGGUUCCUGUUAGCUGGACUCACUCUUGAGAUCUACACAAGGGAUUGCGCAAUGAGCCUGGACUGUCACACUAUCAGCAAACUUGCCAAGCACUGCCAACCAGAAGCCUUUCUUCAGCGUCUUUAAAAAGAUGAGACUCUUAGAAACCAAAGGAACUGACACAUUUCUUCUUGGUUUGACAACAUAUUACAUGUCUUUAAAAAAAUGCAAGGGAAAUGUGGGAUUGUUUGAGCUCUCGUGUUUUAUUAUAUUUUUAUCCUAUUUCCACUUCAAAAUAUUGUUUGGUACAUUCUCAUAAAGGGCAGUACAUGUUGAAUUUUGAUGGGGAAAAAAGUAAUAUAUUUUCUAAUACUUUUUUGAUUUUUUUUUGUAACAUUUUAUAUGCAUAUCAAACAUCUUUAGAACACGAUUUGAAUCGCAUUAUUGUCCACCCACAAGCCAUUUUCAAGGAUUCGAGCCACUCCUGACUGCAUUUAUUUUUCUUAUACAUAACCUCAAUGACCCCCUUUUAAAAUGACGGACAUAUUUGACCUUUUACGAGUGGCGUAACGUUCAGAGAUUUGUGCAAGUGAAUGUUGUCAUCUUACAAAUUAUUUGAAUAAGUACCAUUUUUGUGCCUCAUCAGUUAGUUUUCUAAAAAUAGGCUGUGCUUCCAUGGGCUUCCUGCUACAAUCCCAUUGAAGACAGAAAAGUCAAUAUUUGUUUAAGAUAAAAAAAAAAAAGGAGUGCAUUUUAUGUGACAUAUCUUACUACUUUUUAAAAGUUCAACUAAACUUGGGUUACAGAUUGUUUACAGCCUUUGUGCUAAGCUAUCUAGCUUUUGAUCAUAGUUUUGGUGUACUUUUUUUUUUUAACAGUGUCAGCAUCCCCACAAGUGUAUGUAAGGGAUUUUUUUUGGUACUUAUUUAUUCUUAUCGAGGUUUUCUUUCUGUUGUAGCUGUAAAAAGAAACAAUUAAGUCACAUUUCCAUGCUGCCCUGUUGGACCUGCGUCAGUUAAUAUUUGUACAUCUACAUUCAUAAUCAAAACUGUACACACGAGGAAAAACAUCUCUUGCCAUAGAUCUAUUUCUCAUUCUACUGGGCUACAUUUUGUAUUAAAAAGAAAAUCCAACCUUUCAAA